CUUGAAAUUUUGUACAAAACCUGUUUGCUAUUUUGUCUUAAGAGAGAAAAGAAACAGAGAUUAUUUAGAGGCCUGUGGGUGGAGGGGGAUUUGAUUGAAUUGAAGAAUUUAUUUGCUGGACUGAGGUGUGAGAGGGACCCCACACUUCACGUCCAUCAUCAUCUUCUUCAAUCUUCAUAAAUCUCUUUUGGCUUCUCUUCCUCCUCCUCCUACUACAAAGCUCCUCUUGUUCUUGUUGUCUUCUGGUGUCUUUUUCAUUAGUUUAAAGUUUAAACAGGUCUUGUGGCGUUGGGUGCACCUAAUUCUGCUUCAAUCCCAACUACCCAGAUUUGUUUUCCACCUUAUUAUUGGCAAAACAUCAUAUUAUUUACCAAAGAUCUUGUUUUUGUUGUUUCAAUAGCAAUUCAAAGAUUUUGGAGAUACGGGUCUUUGUAUCUAGACUUAUCUUGGUAUCAUUUUUUUUUUUCUUGGGAUUCAACGAGUUCCAUGUGUCAGAUAAAAAACCCAUAACAGAUCUGAGUGAGAGUGCCCCACCUUCAUUAGGUUCCUGGUUCAUUCAAUACAACCCAAUUUCACUCUUUAUCCCCUCUCUUUGUAUGACAGCUGUUGAACUUGUCUGUACGGUUGGGUUCUUUACUUGGGGGGCCUUAUUUUUCUUUAUCCAAAAAAAAAAGGGUGAAGAAGCUCUUAACUUAGCUUCUUUUGCUUUUUAGAUAAAGAUUGGAUUGGCUAAGGUGACUUCCUAUGCAUCAAAGUUUAGUCCUCUGAAAAAACAAAAAAAAAAAAGAAAAAGUUUAGUCCUCUGAGGUGUUCAUGUUAGUUGCCCUCUUUUAUUCCUGAUUAGACUUUGACAAGGAGGCCCACCUCUGGGUUUGGUGGGCUUUGGUAGAACCAAUAAAAACCCAAUCUGUUGUUGAAAGCUUUUUGAAGAUCCCACUUUGCUUUCUUCUUUUUUUCAAGGUGGUUGAGACUUGAGAGAGAAAAUUUGAGUUUUUUUCUUUUGUACUAUUACCCUUGUGUUUUUUUUUUUUUUCCCCUCAGUAGGUUCCUCCAUUGAUAAUUGCCAUCAUAUUCAUUUAUACGCAACCCGUUUUUGACCCUUAUUAGUAGUCCCUCUUUCUAAAUGGUACUUUGCUUCUUGAUCACUUGCUUCUCCUUCAUCCUCUUUAUAAAGUCCCUACCUCUCAAGCCACUCCCACCAUGGGCUAAUGAGAUGAGACUGUUGUCCUUCUGGUUUUGGAAAGACUUACCAUCAUCCUUUCCAAUAUCCCAGUUGAUAAACAAUAGCCUGUCAAGUUUCUAUCUUUCUCUAAUCCCACCUUACAAAAUGUCUUUGAUAAAGAAGAGCCUAAGUUCCAAAGUUGAGAAUGUAGAGGAAGAAACUGCAGAGAUGUCAGUGUUGGACUUGCCAGAAUUGGCCUUGGAACGCAUUCUUGAGAUGUUACCACCUGCUUCACUAUGUACCAUGGCUGGCGUUUGUACCUCUUUGAGAGAGAGGUGUAAAAGUGACCACCUAUGGGAGAAGCACAUGAAGCAGAAAUGGGGCAGAGUAGUUGGUGCAGCUGCUUACAGGAAUUGGCAAUGGCAUAUUUCUUCUAAAACAGAUUCAAACAAUCUCAAGCAAGGCAAGCAGAAGGGCCUGAUAAGGCUUCUAUCUCUCAGCUGGCCUGUUUCAUGGUUUAGAUCCAAAGUUGAUGAUUGUAGCAAACAGAGAAGCUCUUUGCCGGUUGAUUCAAUCAUGUCUUGGUAUCUUGCUCUGGAAACUGGCAAGUUCUGGUUUCCUGCUCAGGUCUAUAACCGUGAGAAUGGCCAUGUUGGGUUUAUGUUGUCAUGCUAUGAUGCUGAACUUAGCUAUGAUCCCCGCACUGACACCUUCCAAGCCAGGUAUCCACCUCAUGGAAGGAGAGCAAUUGCCAUUGAGAAUGCCGUGCCAUGGGAAAGGCUAAGAGCACCACCUGUUGAAACUACUCCUCAUGAUCUUCAUAGCUCUGACUGUUUGAAUGAGUUGUGCCCGGGUGAUCACAUUGAGAUUCAGUGGAGAAGAAACAAAGAGUUCCCUUAUGGUUGGUGGUAUGGUAUUGUAGGUCACUUGGAAUCAUGUGAUGGAAAUGAACUUUACUGCCGUUGUCAUAUUAGUGACACUGUGGUGCUGGAGUUCAAUCAGUACACCCCUGGUUCACGGUGGAGACAUACAGCCAUUAACAGGAAAGACCACAGGGAAGAGGGGAAUGAGGCAGAUGGGUUCUAUGGAGGAAUCAGAAAGCUUAAGAACAAGGAUGAAAUUUCCACUUGGAAGCAACUUUGGCCUAAAGAAACCUUGGAAUAGUAAGCUUUGUAUGGAAAGGGUUACUAUACUCAACAACACUUUGAAUGUAGAAGGCUAUUCUUCUGAAUCAAGUGAAUUAUCUUUACAAAAGUGGAUGCAAGAAGUUGAAAAUCAGCUUUUUGAUCCAGUUGCAUGGAUGUGGAGGACAUGUUCCCUUUUUCUAUCAACAUCAUUUUUUUGGGAGGUUUCAGGAUGCAAUGCCAAAUCAGUCAUGUAAAUUACCUUCCAUUUAUGCCAAAUUGAUGUACAAUAUUUACCCCCACGAUAUGUUGAACUAGUAGAUAAUCUUCCUUUUUAGUUGUUGGAACAACAAAACAUAAGAAAUUAUUAGCUUUGAAAUCAUACAACAUUCAUUUCCCCA